AUGCGCUCAGACCAGCCAUACCAGAUAUAUGACGAACCAGAUAUUGAGUUUUCUCCUGGCCAGCACGUUGACUUUAUUAGCCUUCAGCCGGGAGAGUCAUGGACUCGGACGGAUAGACUGGAACUUCCUUCUGACACUAAGGUAAGAGAAGUCUUUAAGUACGAGUUCACCGACAGAGUAAUUGACUGGUGGAACUGGGGUAUGAAAGAAGAUCAUUUGCAGACCACAGUGAAGCUACCAUGCCGGGUCAGUGGUGAAGUUGUGGAUCCCAGGGAUAAUGAGGGGCAACCAGCUAUCGUGGUAUCAGCGAGCAAUGUUGUAGAGUUCACUAUAUUACACUUGAUGUUUAUCGAACUAAUAUCUAAUUGUUCCAGCCUUCUACUAAUCCUUUCUAUCUUCUCCUUCGGGCCCCAACUACGUUGCCUCCGCCAAAAUGGGGACUUGAUGGGCAUCUCCCUCGCCUACUUACUUUGCAAUGUUAUAAACGCAACCGAACAAUUUACCAUCUCCAUGUCCUAUCUCUUUAUAGCAGGAGACUCAGACUUCUUCAUAUAUAACCCGCCUAAUGCAGGGGACUGGUUGAAUUUCCUCCAGCUAGCUGUAACCUGGGGACUAUCAUCUACAUUGUUUUUCUUGGGCAUAUUUUACUCCCCAGCUUACCCACGUCGCAAAACUUUCAUUAUAGGAAUAUAUAUUGCUUUCCUAUCUAUCUCUCUCCUUGCCGCAGUUCUUUAUAUCCUCACAAACCCCUGCGGAGCGAGCCGUGGAAGCCAAUGCUGGCUGGAUGCUAUAUUUCUCGGUUCACACCUGAUCUUCGUCAAUCCUGUUGUGACUCUACUUGCUAUCGCAGCAUUACCGGCCCAACUUCUGGAACUGAAGCAGCACGGACAUGCAGCGUUAAGUCUCACGGGUUUAGCAAGCCAAGCCGUGAUAUUCGCGGUGCUGGGUCUGAGCUGGAUUUUCCGUGUACGGCUGGAUCAUAAUCUAUCUGAUUUAUUUUGGACAUGGGGAUCUUUCACUAGCUGGUACCAACUUGUUGGCUGGGCGGCUGUGGAUAAUUUGGUUUUUGCGGUUGUGCAGGGGAUCUUGUUCUUAGUUGUGUUAAGAGGGAAGAGGACGGCUUUGGCAAAAGGGGAGAAUGAACCCCUGUUGAGAUCUUAGGGAACAUAUUCAUUUGUAUCCUAGAUUAUACACUAUCAUAUGGUGGGGCUGUGUUUGAUUUCAUCGGCGUCAUCGAUAUCAUGACAGCAUAAGUGUACCGGCGUGGACUUGUUCUAUCGACAGAUCGUGGCACCCGAUGCUUGCGUAUAGUCGUGUCAAGCACUCCCAUUGACAGGGCGCUGGUGAAUAUAAACCUUUAAGACAGAACCAGCGGGGCUAGGUCGACAGUGCUACA